CCUCUGACCAUGCCUAAACUGCUAUCCACUCACCAUGUUCAAGCUCCUCUUUGUGGUUCUGUUUGCGGGCUAUGCCCACGGCUGUGGCAAACCGGCCUAUUUGCCCAACGUUUCGCGGGUUGUCGGCGGCGAAGAUGCGAAGCCCCACAGCUGGCCUUGGCAGGUCUCCCUCCAGUAUGAUAAGAGCGGGGUCUGGGCCCAUACCUGCGGUGGGACCCUCAUUGACUCCAAUUGGGUUUUGACGGCCGCCCAUUGCAUCAGCUCCAGCCGGACGUACCGGGUCCUUUUGGGGAAGCAGAACUUGGUGGAGGAAGAGGCCGGGCAGGUGGCCGUGGCCGUGGAGAAGGCCAUCGUCCACGAGAAGUGGAACUCCUUCUUGGUCCUCAACGACAUUGCGCUGCUGAAGCUUGCGGAGCACGUCUCGUUCAGCGACACCAUCCAGCCUUCUUGCCUCCCGGCCGACGGCUCCUUGCUGGCCCAGGACUAUCCCUGCUAUGUCACCGGAUGGGGGCGGCUCUGGACCAAUGGGCCGAUUGCGGAUGACCUCCAGCAAGGCCUGCUCCCGGUGGUGGACCACGCGACCUGCAGCAAGUGGGACUGGUGGGGCUCCAUGGUCAAGACCACCAUGGUCUGCGCCGGAGGAGACGGGAAGAUCUCCGGGUGCAACGGGGAUUCUGGUGGUCCUCUGAACUGCGAAAGCGGGAACACGUGGGAGGUCCACGGCAUCGUCAGCUUCGGGUCCGGACUGGGAUGCAACACCGCCAAGAAGCCCACCGUCUUCACACGCGUGUCGGCCUACAUCGACUGGAUCUCAGAGAAAAUGAACUCGAACUGAGAUGCCUGGGAAAGUUUCGAAUCCGUCUCGAGAGAAGCUCAAUAAAGAUUUCAUUGCAA